AUGGACACCGGUCCGAAGCAAAGGAGAAAAAUUAAUCCUAGAUAUAAAGCGAAUCUGUUUUCAGUGCUAACAUUUGGAUGGACUCUAGAAACAUUCAAACUUGGCUACAGUCGAGACAUUCGAGAUAAUGAUUUAUAUGCACCUUUACCCGAGCAUCAGUCGGAUAUUUUGGGUGAUGCGAUGCAAAAGGCCUGGGAUUGUGAACUUGAAAACAUUCGCGACGGUGGAGAAAACAUGAAACCCAGUCUAUGGAGAGUUUUAACGAAGGUGUUCGGUGCGGAACUCAUGCUGUAUGGAUUGAUAUUAGCGGCUAUGGAAUUUUUAAUUAGAUUACAACAGCCGCUGUUUCUGGGCCUAUUACUGCGUUAUUACAGUCCCGCUCAAGAUUUAUACAAUAGCACAGUGGAUUCGACAUAUUUCUCCCGUUUGUUCUCGUACUACGACAAGGAGAGCGGCGUGCUGUGGGGCGAGGCGGUGUUCUUUGCCUUCGGUGUAGUUUUCUGUAGCACCGCCAACGUCAUGGUCGCUCAUCCCUUCAUGAUGGGUGUCACACACCUCGGCAUGAAAAUGCGAGUCGGUGUGUGUAGUCUUAUUUACAGGAAGUCUUUAAAAGUGAGUCUGCAAUCGAUGUCAGAGAACAGCGCGGGUCUUGUUGUCAACCUCAUGGCGAAUGAUGUCAACAGAUUUGACACCGGCCCCUCUUUUAUUCAUUAUCUUUGGAUAGGACCAGUUGAAACAAUGUUAAUGACAAUGUACCUGUAUAGAGAAAUGGGUAUAUCAGCAGUAUAUGGGGCUCUCAUUGUAAUUGCAGUCUUGCCUUUUCAAAUAUGUCUCGGAGUUGCAACUGCGUAUUACAGAAACGAAACGGCUUUAAAAUCUGACGAAAGAGUUAAAUCAAUGAAAGAGAUCGUGAUGGGAAUUGAGGUGAUCAAAAUGUACACGUGGGAAAUGCCGUUUAGAAAGAUAAUCGACACCGUAAGACGCCAAGAAAUCCGCUGCAUCAAAAUGACGUCAUACAUUCGCGGUCUGAUAAUGUCCUUCAUCAUGUUCACUGCGCGGUUCAGCAUCUUCAUCACGGUGCUUCUCUACGUCACCUACGUGAACCGCAUCACUGUUGAGAACGUUUUCUUUCUUACCUGCUACUACAACAUUAUGAGGCAAACAAUGACAUUAUUCUUCCCUCAAGCAGUCGGACAAAUAGCUGAAAUGCAUGUCGCAAUACAGAGGAUUAGAGAUUUUUUAUUAAGCGAGGAAUGUGAUCUGCCACUUCGCGAACAGCUAUUCGCCGACACAACCACUCAAGAUAAAAAACCCAAGAAAAGAGUUACGAUUUCAAUCGAUCCAGUAGAAAUAAAAAGAAGAUAUUCACCUGUGAGACAUCUACCGGAGCCUAGUACUUCUAAAGAAAUUCCAAAAGAGAAAAGUAUUGCGCUUUUACUCUAUUCUCUAUACCACUACAUUUGCGAACAUACGAUAAAGCAAGAGAUAAUAAUAAAAUUUGAAAACGCGUUUAGUCGUUGGAUUAAAUCAUCUAACGAAGAAGAUGUUGAAGAUAUUACUUUUGAUAUCAUGUCUGGUUCAUUGACCACUAUAAUAGGCGCGGUUGGUUCCGGCAAAUCAACGCUACUGCACAUGAUGCUGAGCGAGCUGCCGACCUCGCGAGGCAGUGUUCAUGUUAACGGCACCCUUAGUUACGCUUGCCAGGAUCCCUGGCUCUUUGUAGGUUCUGUACGUCAAAACAUUCUAUUCGGUCAGCCGUUUCAAAAAUCCCGAUACAUGGAGGUUUGUAAAGUGUGCGCAUUAGAGAGGGACAUAUCACUUUUUCCACAUGGUGACAAAACUGUGGUCGGGGAAAGAGGAGUGUCGCUGAGUGGUGGACAAAGAGCUAGGAUAAAUUUAGCUAGAGCUGUUUACAAAGAGGCUGAUAUAUACCUGUUAGAUGAUCCACUGUCUGCAGUGGAUACACAAGUUGCGAGGCAUAUUUUUGAAAAAUGCAUUAAAAGAUAUCUGGCAAGUAAAACGGUCGUACUGGUCACGCAUCAAAUACAAUUUAUAAAAUCCGUUGAUCAAAUUAUUAUAAUGGAUAAAGGCAAGAUUCUCGCGGAAGGUGGUUUCGAAGAUUUAAACGAACAGGAAUUGGCCAUAAUUCAGUUGAUGCAAGACAAGACGCGUGAGGUGCGCGAGGAUGAUUCCAUGCCGAACCUGGCCAGCCAGUCCAUGCUGCAAGCGAGCGCGGUUAGCUUAUCGCGACGCAACUGGUCUAUCAUCCUGGAUACUAGUGUUGCUGAUCAAAAGCCAGAAGCGGAGGCACAAGCUCUGGGACGAGUCCGCAGCUCCGUUUAUAAAGAAUAUUUUCUAGCCGGCACUUCUUAUUUCCAUGUUUUCAUCGCUGGCAUAUUGUUUCUUUUGGCACAGUUCUUUGCAAGUGCCAGUGACUUUUGGAUAAGCAAAUGGAGUCAAAUCGAAGAUCAUCUAACGGGUGACUCGUCUAUCGAUCGGUUGUUAUGGUCUCAGGGCGGCCUGUUCCGCGGACACUACGUCAUCAUCUUUGGCAUUCUCACUAUAGCUACCGUAGCCGUAGCCCUCUGUCGGGCUUUCAUGUUCUUCUCGCUUUGCAUGAAGUCUUCUAUUAAAUUACACGACCAAAUGUUUGACUGCGUGUCACAAUCUCCAAUGAGCUUCUUCCACUCCAAUCCUUCGGGUAGAAUUUUGAAUCGUUUCAGCAAAGACAUGGGCUCUAUAGACGAACUCCUGCCACAAGCCAUGCUGGAUUGCUUUCAAAUAAUGCUGAACCUGGCCGGUGUAAUAGUGGUCAUUUUAAUGACUGAUAUAACCAUGUUAAUACCUAUAACUACGUCAUUAAUUAUUUUCUACAUAUUUCGUAUCAUAUAUGUGCGUACGACCAGUGCUAUAAAACGAUUAGAAGGAAUAACCCGUAGUCCAGUGUUCGGGCACGUGAACGCGACCGUGCUGGGCCUGGCAACGAUCCGUUCGUUCGGUGCGGAGGUUUUGUUGGCACAGGAGUUCGACCGGCACCAGGAUCUGCACAGCGCCGCCUGGUACCUCUUCAUCGCAUGUAGCCGCGCCUUCGGAUACUUCCUCGACAUCAUCUGUCUUUUGUUCAUCGUCUGUGUCACGUUUAGCUGCUUGAUGAAAACUGAUAACGAAGGCAGCAAUGUGGGUCUUGUGAUCACUCAGUCGAUAUCAUUGACGGGCGUGUUCCAGUGGGGCAUGCGUCAGUCUGCAGAAAUGGAGAACCAAAUGACCAGCGUCGAAAGAGUUCUCGAAUACACAAAACUCCCGCAGGAGGGCGCUUUGAGAAGUGAUCCAGAAAAAGCGCCACCUGCGGACUGGCCGCCAGAGGGAGCGAUAACCUUUGACAAUUUAAGUUUAAAAUAUACCCCUGACGGUAAUUACGUACUUCAUAAACUGCAAUUCAAUGUACAGCCUCAGGAAAAGAUAGGUAUAGUCGGUAGAACUGGUGCUGGCAAAUCUUCCAUUAUUCAAGCGCUGUUCAGGCUGGCGUAUUUAGACGGUACUAUUAUAAUAGAUGGUGUAGACAUAACCAGAAUCGGUCUCCACGACUUGAGAGAAAAGAUAUCUAUUAUACCACAGGAACCGGUAUUAUUUAGCGGGACUAUGAGGAAAAAUCUAGAUCCAUUCGACGAGUUCUCAGAUGAGACCCUGUUAAAAGCUCUCAAUAAUGUUGAGCUACUUAAAGCUGAAGAAGGCGUUGAGGCACUAUACAAGCAAGUGUCAGAAAGUGGGUGCAACUUCAGCGUGGGAGAGCGGCAGUUGGUGUGCCUGGCGCGGGCCAUCGUGCGCGACGAGCGAGUGCUGUUGCUGGACGAAGCCACCGCCAACGUGGACGCGCAGACCGAUGCCCUCAUACAGACCGCCAUACGUCUGCACUUCCAGCGCUGCACCGUGCUCACUAUCGCGCACAGGCUCAACACCGUCAUUGACUCAGAUAAAAUACUAGUAUUAGACGCAGGUCGCCUCAUGGAAUACGAUCACCCGCACGUACUGUUACAGAACAAGAAGGGAUACUUUCGCAAAAUGGUCGCGGAGACCGGCCCCGCCAUGGCGGCCAUGCUGCAUAAACUAGCUAAAGAGAGUUAUAUGAACAUCAAAAGAGAGGAAUAAAGAAAAAA